GCCCUGGAGGUGGGGCCGGGGUGCGGAGUGCGGUAGGGUCAGUCACGUGCGUCCCACAGAGUCCCCCAGCUUCCACUCGAUCCUGGGCCGCUGGGCCCUGGGGGCAGCAGGAGCCUCCCCUGGUCCAAAGGGGAGGCCGAGGCGCCCAGACAACCCCGCCUCAUCUUCCCUCCCUGCUACCGGCCUUGGCCUGUUGGGACCCGCUGGUCGCUUCCCCAACCCCGUCUGAGGGCCGAGCAGUGUGUGGGUUCUCCGGCGGGGGGGGAGAAGAGGGGCGGGAGGCCUGGAAUGGCCUCCAAUCGGUGCAUCUUUCCGUCUGUCUCCUGGCCUGCUGCUCCGCACCCCUCCAUCCGAUCCUCCAUCCCGGCCCCUCUCUCCUCUGCCGUGGCUGUUUCCCACUUCCUGUUUUCUUCCCGGCUCUGGCGCCAUAGAGGGCUGCCUGGAGUGGGGGAGGUAGUGGGGCCCCCCAGGAGGCCGGCGUGUUCUUCCUCUACCAUCACUCCUCCCUUCCGACCCUCAUGGUCCCUUAAAAAAAGUUUGGGCUGUCACGUGAAGUUGGGGGGGGUGCCCAGGAGUUUUGUCCCCGCAGGCUUGCAGUCUGUGUGGGAGAAUCCCUACACCGCUUCUGUGGGACCCAGGUGUGCUUCUGGGACCUCGCCAUCUCAGCCCUUCCUGUCUGUCUGCUGCCACUCUGCACCCUGUCUCGCAGUCUUCUGAACCCCUCUCUCUAUGUGUCUGCUCUCUCCCUGCCUCACUGGCCCCCAUAUUCCUGAGGUCCCACGCCCCCAAGCUUCCUCUGUGCAGGUCUGGUGUUUCCCUGUUUUAAGCACGUGGACGCAUACACAACACACUCACACAUGCUCCCCUUGCCCGUGCCUGGCUCCUGGCUCCAAGGCCUGGGGAACAGAGCCCCAUUGAGACACCCUGACGUCACCCCCUCUUCAUUCUCCCCCCCAAAGCCAGGAACAGGCCCUCAUGUAUGCUGUGUCCGAUUAGGAAAGCCAUCCUUGGGGUGGGCCUGGGAGUGGGGAAGGGUCCCUGCCAGGAGUGGGAGCCAGGGUCCAGACCCUGGAGGAGGGGUUGCUCAGGGAAGGGGUUUAACAAGGGGGCCUGGGACAGCUCCCAGAAUGCGGCUUGAGGCCUUUCCAGAGCCCCCCCACCUCCUUUCCGAGUUCCCUUUGUGUUGCAUGUAGUCUCUCUCACUCCCUCUCUUCUGCAAAGUUUAUUUUUAGCCUCCUGCUCCCCCGCUCCCAGGACUGUCGCUGCACACACGUUGCCUGGUUACCGGGACACGGAGGCUGGGGCGGGUGGGCUGGGAAGGGUGGCUUUAAUUUUGGGGGGAGGGUGGAAGUCAGUACAUCCCCCACCCCCAGACUGAUGUCUCAGGGGCUUCAGCCCCCACUUCUGGUUCUAGAGCCAGAUUGGGACUGAGGUGGAAGUAGCGUGGAGCUUGGUGCCCUGAGAGGGGCUGGGAGCUUUGUGGAGGGGAUGUGAGGGUCCAUGGAGCUGAUGGCUUGGUCACCUGGGUUCUAAAAGACCCUGGGCCUUGCAGGAGACCUUGUGAUCUCAGUUCUCUAGAAGGGUGAGGAUAAUGGGGUGAACACCUAGAUUCCCAAGAGAGCAAUGGGGCUCUGGAGUCCCUGAAAGGGGUCGUCAAAGGCUGUCACUUUUAAAUGAACAGGGGCUGUUGGUGCUGGUUUGUGAACAUUGGGAGGUCAUACCCCGGUGGAAGGUGAAAGGCUGGAAUAUCUGAAUGGGGCAGGGAUUCCGUGGGGCAUGCGAUACUGCAGCCAAGUCUGGCUAGGAGUUGGGGCCUGAGUCCCUGUGGGGGACGGGUUUGCCUUCCCGGAUUGGGCCUACAAGCCAGAGUCGUCCCCUGGCUCGAGGCAGAUCCAGCUGUGGCAUUUUAUCCUGGAGCUGCUUCGGAAGGAGGAGUACCAGGGCGUCAUUGCCUGGCAGGGGGACUACGGGGAAUUCGUCAUCAAAGACCCUGAUGAGGUGGCCCGGCUGUGGGGCGUCCGCAAGUGCAAGCCCCAGAUGAAUUACGACAAGCUGAGCCGGGCCCUGCGCUAUUACUAUAACAAGCGCAUUCUGCACAAGACCAAGGGGAAACGGUUCACCUACAAGUUCAAUUUCAACAAACUGGUGCUGGUUAAUUACCCUUUCAUUGAUGUGGGGUUGGCUGGGGGUGCGGUGCCCCAGAGUGCCCCGCCAGUGCCGUCGGGCGGUAGCCACUUCCGCUUCCCUCCCUCAACGCCCUCCGAGGUGCUGUCCCCCACUGAGGACCCCCGCUCACCACCUGCCUGCUCUUCAUCCUCAUCAUCCCUCUUCUCAGCUGUGGUGGCUCGCCGCCUGGGCCGAGGCUCAGUCAGUGACUGUAGUGAUGGCACGUCAGAGCUGGAGGAACCGCUGGGAGAGGAUCCCCGGGCCCGACCACCCGGCCCUCCAGAUCUGGGUGCCUUCCGAGGGCCCCCGCUGGCCCGCCUGCCCCAUGACCCUGGUGUCUUCCGCGUCUACCCCCGGCCUCGGGGUGGCCCUGAACCCCUCAGCCCCUUCCCUGUGUCUCCUCUGGCCGGGCCUGGCUCCCUGCUGCCCCCUCAGCUCUCCCCAGCUCUGCCCAUGACGCCCACCCACCUGGCCUACACUCCCUCGCCCACGCUGAGCCCUAUGUACCCCAGUGGUGGCGGGGGGCCCAGCGGCUCAGGGGGAGGCUCUCACUUCUCCUUCAGCCCUGAGGACAUGAAACGGUACCUGCAGGCCCACACCCAAAGCGUCUACAACUACCACCUCAGCCCCCGCGCCUUUCUGCACUACCCUGGGCUGGUGGUGCCCCAGCCCCAGCGCCCCGACAAGUGCCCACUGCCGCCCAUGGCGCCCGAAACCCCACCGGUCCCCUCCUCGGCCUCGUCAUCCUCUUCUUCUUCUUCCUCUCCAUUCAAGUUUAAGCUCCAGCCGCCCCCACUCGGACGCCGACAGCGGGCAGCUGGGGAGAAGGCCCCAGCCAGUGCUGACAAGAGCGCUGGUGGCGCAGGCGGGCUGGCCCCACCGCCCCCGCCACCUCAGAUCAAGGUGGAGCCCAUCUCGGAAGGCGAGUCGGAGGAGGUGGAGGUGACUGACAUUAGUGAUGAGGAUGAGGAAGAUGGGGAGGUGUUCAAGACGCCCCGUGCCCCACCUGCACCCCCCAAGCCCGAACCCGGCGAGGCACCCGGGGCGGCCCAAUGCAUGCCUCUCAAGCUGCGCUUUAAGCGGCGCUGGAGUGAAGACUGUCGCCUGGAAGGGGGUGGGGGCCCCACUGGGGUCUUUGAGGAUGAGGGCGAGGACAAGAAGGUGCGUGGGGAGGGGCCCGGGGAGGCUGGGGGGCCCCUCACCCCAAGGCGGGUGAGCUCUGACCUCCAGCAUGCCACGGCCCAGCUCUCCCUGGAGCACCGAGACUCCUGAGGGCUGUGGGCAGGGGACCCACGUGCCCCCCACCCCCCAUGCUUCUUUUGCUGCCUUAAGCCCCCUGUGCCCUGGAGGUGAGGGCAGCUCUCUUGUCUCUUCCCUGCCUCCUCCCUUCCCCCUCCCCACAUUUUGUAUAAAACUUUAAUUUCUUUUUUUUAAAUGGUGGGGGUGGGUGGGUGCCCAGGGCUAGGGGCUGUUCCCUGUCUCUGUGGGUUUCUAAGCUCUGGGCAAAGUGGUGGUAGCGGGGAGGGAGGGGGAAGUUAGGGGGGCCACCUCCAUUCUGGGGAAUUUAUAUUUGAAUUGAGGCUCUGGCCUUAACACCCAGGAACUUUUUUAUUACAAUCGCUUAGGAAGUAAAGCCUUGUUGCCCUCCCUGUUCUCUGCCUCUUGUACCUUUCCCCCUCUGCCCCACCCAUAGCCCUCCUCAGCCCCAGCCCUGCCUGCCCUGCCCCUCCAGGGGGCCAUGAGUGCCUAGGUUUCUCAUACCCAACAAGGUCACAGGAGGGGAGGGAGGGACAGUUUGAUGAUGAACCAAAAAUUCCAUGUGUUGGGGGGAGGGGGGUGGAGGGCGUUGAGGGGUACCGCCCAUGGGCCACAAAUCUUAACAAGUGCCUGCUAUCCCUCUCCCACUCUACCCCUGCACCCGUCCAGCCCCUUCACCCCCAGCUGCUCCUAGGAUUGGCCCAUGGGCAGGCGGGUGGGGGGAUGGGAAGGGGGUGCCCUGAAACCAAACUGGAAGCCCCCUCUGCCUCCCAGCUGGGGCCUCUGGGGUGGGGUGGGGGGCUGUGGUCAAGCCUUAUUCUGUAUUGGGGACUGAGGGUGGGGGGAGUAGAGGGGCCGCUGGAGAAUGUAUUCAAAACAAUAAAACUUUGGACCUUUGGA